CGCCGUGACGUCAGAGGGGAGGAUCACGUGGCCGCCGGGAGUCUCCGAGUGGAAAAUCUCAUGGAAUAACACAUUUAGGCUGCUAAUAAUAAUAAUAAUAAUGAUAAUAACAACUGUUUUAUAUUAAUAACGGACGCCUUUUUUGAACUGAUACGUGUAUUACAGCUGCACAGAGGUAGGCUGGCUCUACCGACCGGUCCAUAUAAACUCAGCUAUGGAGAACUGUUGGAUGUUUACGGACUGUAUCUCCCACCAGGAAGCUGCAUGGUUGCUGCUUUAUUCCUCUAGCAGCUAACGUCUACUUUGAACCUGUGGCUUUAUUUACCAGGCAUUAAGGUCCGUUUUCACUAGGUACUACGAAACAAGUAAGCGUUUGUUUUUGUCCCGGGCUAGCUAACGGCUGUUACAACUCGUUAAUAAGCAGCCGGUUAUCUUCUCCUGUUACAGUAGGUGCAGUGCCUUUAAACUGUCUGAUUUUGGUACUUAUUGGAGGACAUGUCUGGAACCAAGCUCUGACUGUUUCUGUGUAAAGUCUGACUAAGUUUCCAUCGAAAAUGAAGUCGUCCCUGGCUCCCGGCAUACGACUUAUCACGUCCUUUUCUCGAGAUAGUUGGUAUCGCAGUUUCAUUCUUUUCCUCACCUUCCUCUUCUACACGGCCUACCAUCUCUCACGGAAACCUAUCAGCAUUGUUAAGAGCCAGCUGCACAGAAACUGUUCUACAGUCGUUCAGCCAACAGACCUUAACAUAACCAAUAAUGCUACCUGGUGUGACUGGGCACCCUUUGACCAGGACAACUAUCAGACACUGUUUGGGGUCUUGGAUAACUCCUUCCUGGUUGCCUAUGCCAUCGGCAUGUUUAUCAGUGGGAUAUUUGGAGAGCGCCUGCCUCUGCGGUACUACCUGAGUUGUGGGAUGCUGAUGAGUGGAUUGUUCACAUGUCUGUUUGGCCUCGGCUUCUACUGGAACAUCCACUCAUUAGGGUACUAUGCCUUCAUCCAGGUCAUGAACGGGCUGAUGCAGACCACCGGUUGGCCAGCAGUGGUGGCUUGUGUCGGUAACUGGUUUGGAAAGGGGAAGCGUGGGUUCAUCAUGGGUGUGUGGAACUCCCACACCUCAGUGGGAAACAUCUUGGGCUCCCUCAUCGCUGGAGCCUUCGUUUCCUCAGCGUGGGGAAUGUCCUUCAUCGUCCCUGGAAUCAUCAUCGCCUGCACUGGGAUCCUGUGCUUCUUUUUCCUGGUUGAGAAACCUGAAGACGUCAACUGCACUCCUCCUCAGCACCAUAGUGAAAAGGAGAGCGGUGAGACGGAGCCUCUCCUGCAGAGCUCGUCCGACGUUGAGAGAAUUGUCAGCGAUGGCGUCAACUCUGAGCCUCCGGAGGUUGUUGAGGCCACCGAGGCCAUCAGCUUCUGUGGGGCUCUCAGUAUACCUGGAGUUUUGGAGUUCUCUCUUUGUCUGCUGUUCGCCAAGCUGGUCAGCUACACUUUCCUUUACUGGCUUCCUCUCUACAUCUCAAAUGUUGCACAUUUUGAGGCAAAAGAAGCAGGAGACAUGUCGACACUAUUUGAUGUAGGAGGAAUCUUGGGAGGCAUCAUGGCGGGCCUUGUGUCUGACUACACGGGUGGGAGAGCGACAACUUGCUGCGUCAUGUUGCUUGCUGCUGCCCCUAUGCUUUUCCUCUAUAAUUACAUUGGACAAAGGAGCCUUGGUACUACAAUCGGUAUGCUGCUGUUGUGUGGAGGCCUGGUGAACGGCCCGUACGCCCUCAUCACUACUGCUGUAUCUGCUGACCUGGGAACACAUGAGAGUCUGAGAGGAAACUCCAGGGCAUUGUCAACAGUGACGGCGAUUAUUGACGGGACUGGUUCAAUAGGAGCUGCGUUAGGUCCUCUGUUAGCCGGUGUGAUCUCUCCCACUGGCUGGAACAACGUCUUCUACAUGCUCAUCUCUGCAGAUGUCUUGGCCUGCCUGUUUUUGUCCAGGCUUGUUUACAAGGAAGCUCAGGGUUGGUGUGGACAUGUCGCCCGAGUCAGAGGAUUCAAAGAAAUCUGAGACACUCACACAAUCAAACCGGGACCCAAACACACAAAAGAGGGAAACAAUGCUGAUACUGACCUCACCGUGCAGCAGACAACAUCUUUCCAUUUAGGCUGAAUGGACACCAAGCCAUCAGUGGAAGAUUUAAGGCACUAAACUGACAAUUAAAGCCUUCUUCUUACUGUAAAACGUAAAAGAGAAAUAUGUCUUUAUGGAGACAAAGCUUUUUUUAAUGACUAAUCUACUCAUUCUAACUUGUUUGUUUUAAUAUUCUUUUAUCAUUAAAGUGUACAUACUGGG